AUUUUGACUGAAAACAAUAAUACUCAACAAUUUAUCAAACAAUUAGCCGAACGCGAAGGUGUCUCGGAAGAAAAAAUUAAGGAAAUAAUUAUUGACUCCUUUCGCAAGUCCUAUUGCGAAGGAGAAAAUUCCGGAGCCGAACUACAUUUUGAGUUUGACUCGGGGUUGUCCAUUUAUCGUCUCUAUAAAAUAGUUGAAGCCAUUAAUGAACCUGAAAAAGAGAUAACUAAGGAUAACAAAUUGCUAAAAGAGGGAAAAAUAAAAGGCAAUAAUUUUUUCCUUCCCCUCGACAUUAAAAAUUUAUCUAUUUCUCUCAAUCAGGAGAUAAAAAAUCGCUUACGUAAAGAUGAAGUAAGAGAAAAGGCAACCGAGGAUAAUCCACAAAUCAUUCUAACUCGUUCAGAUGAUUUAUUUAUCCGUAAAUUGUUAGAACAGGAAAUUCCUCAAAUAAAGGCAGGAAUUAUUGCCAUUCAUGAUAUUUUGCGUCUGCCAGGGCUAGUAAGUAAAGUAAUAGUUGAGAGAGGUAAAGUGGCGAUGGAAAAGGGGUUAAGACUUGAUCCGGCUGGAACCUGUAUUGGUGAAGAAGGGGAAAAAGCCAAAUCCGUUUCCCGUCUGAUUUAUCCAGAACGAAUUGAUUUUGCCGAUUGGACAGAAGACAAAAAAAAACUACUUCCUAAAUUGCUCUCACCAGUUAAAUUAAUUAAAUUAAAUAUUAAAAAAGAAGAAGAAUGA